AUGGAGGAUGCUUCUUUGAUUCUGGUAAACUCUAUUUUGAGACGUUGUGAAUGCCCUUGGUCCUAUCUGGAUAUAGUGAGGCAGGUUAAAGGUAUUUUGAGCAGUCUGGAAUUUUGUCUGGUGCAUGUUUAUAAAGAUGCUAAUUAUGUUGUUGACAAGUUGGCUGGAAAUGCUGUUCGGAACAAGAGGCUGGCUGGAUAUGUUGUUAUGAUCAACAAGAGAAGUGAAUUAUGUUGCUCACUGGCUGGAUAUGUUGUUCGGAGCAGGAGGCUGGUUGGAUAUGCUGUUAUGAUCAGCAAGCAGUAUGGACCACAUAUCUACAAUCGAAAAGGUUGUCUCACCAAAGUUUGUUCAAAGAAAAAUGCAGCAGAGGAUCAAAGUUUAGAUAUCUGUUUAAGAUGUGGCAAUUCAGGACACAAUAUGUUCUCAUGCAGCAGCAAUGAGUACAGUUCUGAUGAUCUCAGGGUAUUAACCUUUGCAUAA